CGGGGUCGAGAGGGCAAUGUGAGACUUUGGCAAGGUGAUUGGAAGACGCAGAACUGAGCUGAAUAGAGAGGGCUGGAGAGGCAACCGAUAAAAUGUCAAUAUGCGAGUGUGCAACCGUGGUCUGGGUUCUCGCCUUGAGCACCAGACUGCUGUGUUCGAAAAACAAUGUCAUGCGCGAAGCUCCAGACAGGGACACACAUAGUUGGCGCCAAGCUGACACAUGCCGUCGGCAGUCAGGAGGACCGCAGAACUCGCAUCGCAACUCCAUCGCCCCUGUUGGUGCAUGGCCCCCGUUGCUCCGAAAGCACUGACACAGUCACGAUGCUCUGC